AUGGCAACUGAGAAGAAGGACGUAGAGGAGUACAGGGCGAUGAAGAGUCAUAUUCAUCCUCUAAGUCCUGAGGAAGGGCAUCUUGAGGCCCGUGAGAAGCACGCCGAUUUUACUUUCCAUUCCGGUGCUAGAGUCCGCUCUGCCCAGUAUCGGCGGAAGCUGACGGACCUCCCUGAUAGCAAUCUAGCAUGA